AAAAAGUGCGCUUGCAAAAAUGAUGCUAUUUGCCGAUUUUUCCGCCCUAACCGAAGUGUGUUUUAGCAUUGUCAAAAAAACAAACUAUAGCUGAAGUUUUUUCAUCGGCGCGGGGCUCCUGUGCGGGGUACGACAACUAGGGCAGCAUGUUGUAGUACGUAGAUGUUUGAUGUUUAUCGGAUCGAGCGCUUAGACGGCGGUUUAUAUGGAAUGAAAAAAACCUGUUUUAAUUUUUUGAGGAAAUGAUGAACUUUUAAAGAAGCUGAGUCGUAAAUUGAAAUUUAAGAACGCACUUUGCUGAACUCGACCAGCACUUAAUUUUAAACUUUGCGUGUGUAUCUUCUUCGCGCCGGACGAGUUAAGUACUUACUUACUUGUUUUUGCCCCCUCAUUUGAAAAAUAUACGCAAAUUCAAAAUAUUUUUACGCAUAUAAAAAAUACAAGCAUGUCGAGGAUUCUCUGUUGUCUGCCUUCGUGCUGCACGACAAACUGCACUUUGAAGAAAUUUACGCUAAUCACCUUGUCUACCGCUUUCUUUUCCAUUAUCCUGUAUCAAAUGCAAAAAUGUUUGGGUCUGGAAGAAUGCGCGAUUUGUCAUGCAGCUUUUCCAUGACCCAUGAGGUCUGGAAUGCAGGACCUAGCAUGACAGAUUCUGUGCGAUCUCUCUCAUGCCUAUCCUGCAUGAGAAACUCCCUCCCGACUUGGUCAAAACUGGACGACUUUUGGUAAUCAUGCAACACAGAUUUUUGGAUGCUUCAGAUUUAGCAUGACAAGUUGCAUUCUUCCAGACCCAGACAUUUUUACAUUUGAUAUCCUGGCCCUCUACCUCAUCCUGGACCCGAAAGUUUGCUUCACCAGCCCCGAGAACAAGGACACUAUCAACGGCAAAAAAUAUGUCUGGGUCGUCUGGAAGUACAAGUAGAGUGCUAGGUUCGUUAUGCAGGGCUAGCAUGACUUUGACUCUCAACCUCAACUGUGUCAUGCACGUUAAUACGCAAAAGCCGCGCUUUUCUGUCAUGCAGAGACGCAGUUUAUCAUCAUGCAAGGUACUAGACAACGCUUAGCACGAGCUGAGAAAAAAAUUAUCAUACUUACUUGGCUGUCAAUGGAGGCGUGGCGUCGGUCCACCGUGUGAUUCGCCACAUAGCAUCACAAGUUCUUUCCAGACCACCCAGACAUCCUGUUUGCAAUGUCGAUAGACACUCCUUUGAUAUCACAAGAAAAAAGUGUUACUGUUACACAUGAUUUGUUGUAACUUCAGCAACACAAAUUUUCUCUGCAUGAGAGGGAAAACUUGCAAUGCGCAGACCAUUAGGGAAAACGCGUAUGAAAUGAAGCUCGGAAGCAUUUCUGGCAUGACAGAGGUUGUCUGUCAUGCUGGGCUUGCUACACAAUGUGUAACUGUAACACUUUUUUCUCGUGAUAUUUGAAGCAAUGUCUGUACUACCGGUUGCGGAAGGGGCUGCAGUUGGUUGCGAAAGAGUCCUACAAGCCACCACACCUUCGCGCGGAUCGGUUCAGGUUAAGAGAAUUCUGCCAGGCGGAAUACCACUUCUUCCAAAACCCCUGGGAGUACGUCUACCCGAGAAUGACAGAAUCCGGAACGGCGCGGCUGCAAAUCGGGUUCGGGACGCGCGAGAAGAAUGAGGAUAUUUUAACAAAAGACGAAACCGGAGCGAGAGCUCUGCCGGUGAAAUCACGGAAAUUUUUUCAAAAGAUAAAACCAGCGGCGGGAACAGCAACGACGAGUACUGCGCCAUCCUCUAAAGCACCUGCUGCUGCGUUCGUGGAACUUACCACCACCUCAACCUGCUCCUCGCAGAUUGACAAAAUUUGGGCCGGUAUUGCGCAGCGAUUCAUAGACCAAGCUGCAGCUGGAGCUGGAGGACGGGAACUAGAAAAUGCUGCGAGUACAACAUCAAGCGCGCCGAAAAAUUCUAGAAUAACGGCUGUUGCCGCGGCUUCAUCUACCGAAACCACUGGCGCCACCAGGAGAGAAAUCACCAGCUACCCCCUGGUUUCCUGGUUUAAAGGCCAUAACUACGCCGCUAUCAAUCCAAACAAGCGAACAAACUACAAGCAGGGGUUGCCAGAAGGGGCACGCUCACGACAAGCGCUGUUGAACCCGAUUCAUUUCACGAAAGAGAUGGAGUACGCUGCCUGCGGAUAUCUGAUUCGGCAGCUGUUUGAGCUGUUUGAAAAGUUCAACGUGGUGUAUUUCAUUUCCUCCGGCAGUUUAAUCGGCCCGGAGCGGCACGGCAUGCUGAUACCACAUGAUCACGAUUUCGACCUGACCAUCCCGGCAAGCAGCCGGGACAAGGCCAUGGAAGUGCUGGCGCUGUUGGAACAGCGGGAAUAUGAGAGGCGGGAAAAAGGAAGGAGAAGGGUGCGGCAGGUUGAGGCAGGUACUCAAACUUUGUUGGAACGGAAGUAAAGCACAGUAGACAAGGAAGUAUAUCUGUUGACAAGAUCUUGAUCUUCAAGAUUCUUGUAUCGAAUCGAGUUCUUCAUAACAAAUGUGAGUACAAAAUAAAUGCCAAUUAUAUCACAACAGCUGGCCAGCACCUCGACCUGCGUAAAACGGAGGACUUUCUCGCGGCGGUCGAUGCCGGUAUGAUGACCACCUGCAAAUGGAAGGGGUCUUUGGUGCAGGUGCGAUCCACGUUUUACAACGGGUUGCACUCCGAACUGUUUUACGUGGACAUUUUUUGGGGCUACGACGUGCCGAUGAUAGGAACGUACUUCGUGAAUCAGCCAAAGAUUCUUUUGACGACGGCCGCGUCUACCAGCAGUCCGAGCAGCAGCGCCUCCCAAUCUUCCGCAGCUCUUCUAGUCGCUGGCCGCAGCAGCAACAUCCAGCACCAAAUAAAGAACGCUGCGGCCUUGAGAACAAGAACGACCACGACGCAAGUGCGCGGAAGAUCGCUUUUCCGCGGUGAGCACGGGAAGAAAGACAAGGAAAUGUUGAAGAGCCAUGACGAUAGCGUCGAACAACCCCGAGAGGACCACCACGACGUUUGUCUCGCCCAGAACACUGGUCCUGCAAUCGACCCGACCGGUCCUUAUCUCGCCCACGCCUCACCCGUGAACUUCUUUCCGCAGAAGCCCGGGGUGUUUCCCUUGCGCUUGACGAAGUUGGAGUAUCUGAAGCACAAAGUAGACACAGCAGAUGCUGCAGCAAGUGCUCAGAAAGAAGAUGCCAAUAAAGUACAACCAACACAGUUUAUGCUCGACGACCCGGGCUUCCUCUACGUUCGCCGUCCAUUAACCGCCGAGGUGGUCGAUGCGGAGCACAUGCCGGGGAGUGCGAGCAGUAGAUGGUGGAAGAAGCGGUGUCCCCAGUCGCAGGAGCGGUGCAGCAAGCCGGGAGAGUGUAAGAACAAGAACUCGGGGGUGAAAAAGGACGAUAGCUGCAAGGGAGUGUAUUACGACCAGAAGAUUGAAAAUUGGACAAGUUUGGACGGAGAUUACAAAAAGCAGCUGCUUGGACAGUGGAGCAGUCCUAAAAGUCCCGCUCUUCAUCCCGUCGGAGGCCAUGGCGACCAGAAAAACAGAAACAAAGCCGGCGACACGCCUUUCACCAAACUGCUCUCCCUGCCGCUGGCGGAGUUUUUACACCUCUUUUUGGAAGCGGACCAGAAGGAGAUCCGGAAAAUAGCGGAAGUAAUCGACGUGACGGUGCAGGUGCAUAUGCAUUUGCAAAACUACAAUCGUACUUAGUAUAAAUCGCAUCACAAAUUAGCUCAGCAUGAGAAAUGGAAUUUGUCACGCUGAUUUGCCUUGGGAUGGAGAUUUGUAAUGCAUGACUGCGAUUGCUAUGAGUGCGAUGCUUUCGCACAGGAUAGUGCACUUGACGGCGCAAUUUCUUCGAGUGAACGAUGAAGACAAACUUUUGAAGUUUUCCGUCGAUCAGGCGUAUGACUGCGCGGCUGUACAACAACUAGCCAGUGAUAGUCGUAGGGGUAGGACUUCUUCUAUUUCUACAAGUGGUGCUAGUAAAACUAAAACAACACCGCCUCCUCUUGGUGGUGCUCUGAACAAGCACAAUCUGAUGAACUGCGCGGUCUAUCUGGAGGUGAUAUCCAAUCCCGAAGGUGACACCCCGAUCCUCUCGGGGAAAAUUCGGAAGGAUUUGAUCGAGAAGCGGAUGCGCUGGGUCUGGGAGCAGGACGUUUUGGAAGAGGAAACACCGCUGUUUUUGGAGAACUUCCAAAGAAUGCGGGAGAAGCAGAAGAAUUUUUCUGUCGCGAGAACAACCUCUAGUACAGGGUCCUCGUCCUCUAGUCAUCUCCCCGAGGAUUCGAGAACGUCGAGAAACAAGAACGUCGACCUCUCGGUGUACAAGGCGUUCGGCGUCAUGGGGGUCUUCCUCGCCUGCGUCAUAUGAGAGUGCACAGUGCCCCCGCCUCGCCCUCCCCGUCAUUUGUAUGGCCUGCUGCUGCUGUGAAGACCAGCAACAGAAGCAACGGCAGAAAUGCCGCUUCCGCAUGACAAGUUAUCUGCACACGGAGUGUAGUACUCUUUGAGGUUUCAUCGCAAGAUGAACUUCUCAUGCAGACAGUGGCAGUGCUUCAAUGCAAGACGAGAGGUUCUUGCCGCUUCGCAUAGUACUUAUACAAACGAGGGGGACGUCGAGGGGAGAUUUUUUGGACUCUCAUACGUCACUGGCUGCAUCGUGCUCUUCGUCCAGCGGAAAUGGUGGCAAGCCCGGACCUCGGCCCGGGCGUUAGAAUGAUGAGAAAACACUACUUACAUCAUUGCGGUGGUUAAUGCGGUGAGUCAGUGCAAGUAGACAUAGAAGAGAUCAUGGUCCUCGGGUACUACAACUUCUAGGAGCAAGAACUGCUGGUUUUACUUGCGAAGAAGAAGAUCAUUUUCUCUUCGACGGGGCAACAAACUGCAGAAAAACGGGGACCAAGUGGAUCAUGCGGAGGGGGAACAAGUUUGAUGAAAUUUUAACGGCGAUAAUAAAUUAAGGCGAAAUUAUGAAAUAAACAUCUUCACGGCCGCAGGGAGUGGGACGAACAUAAUUCGAGAUCGCCGAGAGGAACAAGGCGCCCGGGGAUGGUCCUCGCCCGGGACCGGUCCUGCUUCUUCCUGGCAUCCUUGAAGACUGGACGCUGGAACACGCGACUGGCGCAGGGGACCACGGGGACGAUCAGGGGAAGAGUUUUUAAAGACGAGCGCUGCACAACCACGACGUCUAGAACCUGAACCGAAAUGAUGAAAAUAUCGCACGGAGCCCGUCGUCAUCGACAGUAGCAGCGGAAGCUUUCGCCGAGAAAUGUUGGACGAUAUGAGUAUAAAGAUGCGGUGGGUAAGUGCAAGUGGAAGCCGCGAACAAGCCGGCGAGGACGCGGAUUUGUUAAAGUGGCGAGGAAGACGAUGGUCUCGAUAAGGAAGCAACUAUACUCCAGUCGUGGAAGACGGUGUUGAUGUUGUGUACUAAAACUAGUUUCGUGUUCAUCUCGGGCCGUUUAAUUUCUUUCAACAGAGGUGAAAUUUUCAAGAGUUAUUGUGCUACUGCAAUCUGGCGGCCGAAUUUUGUAAGCGGUCCUGCUAGUCGUAGUCGUGCUUUCACUUCCACCAGAAUUUUUUAAGACAUACAUCACAACGACAUGACUUGAUCGAAAGCAACAUCCACAUCUACUUAAUGGUCGCAAAUAUUAUCCGUACUAGCUGCUCACUAGAAUAGAUCAUUCCAAAGUCACGCCGAGGUACUGUUCUGUCAUGGAUCUUGUGCCUUCUCCGGCAUGAACCGGAGCCCCAUGUUACUGUCUGAUUGACGUCCUGAGAGAAACGGAUUUCUCCAUGAAGAACAGCGACAGUAAUAUGCUCCACGACCAAGAACUUCGGUGUACGUAGCAGGUUCGUCAGAUUUGUUGGCUGCUUGGGAAGAGACAUGAGAAUUUGAGACCGCAUAGAAGACUUCCUUGUAAGAUUUGUUGAAGAUUACAGUGACGAAGAGGAAAAUGAAAAAGCAUCAAGAU